AUGGCAAUGGUCCUGGAUUCAUUUGUUUCAAGAUAUAUUGAAGAAGUGACGGGCUUUGUUGAGGGAGAGAUAUGCAAAGUGCUGGGAGUGAAGAAGGAGAUCAAGACGCUUCAGGAGAAGCUGGAGAUGAUCAAAUGUUACCUCGAAAGCGCAGAGCGGAAAAGCCGUGGGGAUCCCGGCAUCGAGGCCUGGGUGAGGAAGCUGAAAGCCAUCAUGUACGAUGCCGACGACAUCAUCGAUCUGUGCAUGAUGGAAGGUGGCAAACUGUUGGAGGCUCGGGGAUCAGCAUCGGCUUCGGGGGUAAGCUUCGCUUUCAGCUUUGUUUCUUCUUGCUUUCGGUGUACCAAACACCGCCAUGAGAUUGCGGGUGAAAUCGAAGCCAUCAAUGGUAGACUGAAACAAAUAGCUGAGGAUACCUCCAUCCUGAGUCAUCUACAGUCUUCUGGUAGUCACCAACCCCAACCCGAAAAACCAACUGUACCUGAGACUCCCUUGGAAGUCGAGGAGGACAUCGUAGGGGGACAAAUCGAAGCAGAUGCCGAUACUCUAAUCAAUGCCAUGCUAGAGGACACCAAACAAAAAUGUCGUAUUUUUGGGAUUGUCGGAAUGGGCGGAAUCGGGAAGUCCACUCUGGCACGUAAAAUAUUAAAUGAUGAAAGGAUCAGAGUCAAUUAUCCCAUUCAGAUAUGGUUGUAUAUCUCUAAGAAUUAUUCGGAGACGAAGUUACUCGGAGAGUUAAUUCGGUGCGCAUCUAACAAAUCUGAAGGAGGUGAAGCCAAACAAGAAUCUUUCGAGGGACAAAGCAAAUCAGAAUUGGAAAUCAAACUUGCCUCUCUCCUCACCAAAAAUUUAUUUCUCGUGUUGGAUGAUGUCUGGAGUACAAAUUUAUGGAACGAUUUCCUCAGGAAACCACUAAGUAAAGCAGUAGGUUGCACGAUCUUAGUCACCACGAGGAAAGAAACCGUGUUAAAAGGUAUGAGACCCAGCUAUACCCACCCGGUGGAGAAAAUGGAUGUUAAUAGUGGCUGGAUGUUGCUUCGAAAUUUGGUAUUUGGAGCGGAGGAGGAGGAUGACGAGCGUAGGUUGAAAGAAGUAGGCAUGAAAAUUGUUAGAAAAUGUGAUGGUCUUCCCCUUGCCAUCAAAGCUAUCGCAGGUGUUCUUGUUUGUAAUGAUAGGAGCAUAGGGAAGUGGGAAGAAGUCCUGGGAAGUGAUGCAUGGAAUAUGAACCAGAUCGACGAUGAAGUACCGGGGGCUUUGAAUUUGAGCUAUGUGGAUUUACCUUCUCAUCUGAAACAAUGUUUUCUGUAUUGUUCUUUGCACCCCCAGAAAAGUGAUAUGUAUUACAAGGAAAUCAUUCGGUUUUGGGUCGCUGAAGGCCUGAUCGCACAACAAGGAAAUAGGCUAUUGGAAGAUAUAGCCGAGGAAUAUUACCAUGAAUUAAUUUGCAGGAAUCUUCUACAAGUGGACGCAGGUACCUUAGGCAAGAAAAACUUCUCUAUGCAUGACCAUUUACGAUCUCUCAGUGCAUGUUUGAUGAAGGACGAAGGAAAAUUAAUUAGACAUGGUCAAAGAUUAGAUUUUAGAGCCAAUGAAAAGAUCCGUCGGUUGUCAGUGUCUAAAAUGGGGAAUAAAUUGGUACUGCCAGAUAAAAUUAUGAAAGACAAGUGUUUAAGAACCUUAAUUCUCAUUGAUUCCCCUCGAACCAAGAUAAUCGAGGAUAAUGUACUCAGAAUGUUACCACAUCUUCGAGUGUUGGAUCUGUCUUAUACGUCGAUCAAGACACUUCCAGGUUGUAUCGGAGAACUGUUGCAACUGAGAUAUAUAGAUUUGGAUGGGACAAAUAUUUAUGAGAUACCAGAAUCUAUAGGGCGCCUUGCAAACCUCCAAACUCUGAACCUUUGUAACUGCGAAUAUUUGCACAGACUUCCUAAGGCAAUCACCAUGCUGCACAGUCUACGGUGUCUUGAUAUUGAAAAUGUUCCUCUGACUCAUGUACCCAAGGGAAUCGGAAAACUGAUGGAUCUUAAUCAUCUAGAAGGAUUUGUGGUUGGCCAUAACGACCCAACGAACAAGUUGCACGAGGAGGGGUGUGACUUGGAGGAGUUGCAAGCCCUUUCGAAGCUCAGAUGUCUGGGAUUAUAUCGGCUAGAGAGGGCAGUAACGGGGGUCUCAGUACUUGUGGAUAAAACUCUUCUUAAGGAGUUGACUUUAUGUUGGAUGCCUUCAGAAGAAGAUGACGAUGCUGAGGAAGACGAUGGUGAGGGUGAUGGAGAUGACAGCAAUGGUGAGGAUGAUGGAGGGAUGUUGCCCCUGCUAAAACAUCUUGACGUCACCGGCGGUGAAGCCAUCAAAACCAUUGGGCCUGGGUUUCUGGGCCGCAAGUUACCGGGAGCUUCCGCAUUUCCAAAACUCGAAUAUCUGGAGUUUUACGAAAUGCCCAACUGGGAAGAAUGGUCACUAUGGGGGAUGGAAGAAAAUGGUCAGGGACCGCACCUCAAGCUCUUUCCUAAUCUGAAGAUAUGCAAGAUCAUAGACUGUCCGAAACUGAGAGCUCUUCCAGAAGGCCUAUCCCAUGCCACCAAGUUGAAGGAAUUGUAUCUCGAGAGUACUCAAGACUUGAGAGAAAUCACAAACAUCCGCGUGAAUUACAAGCUCGAGGUCAAAGAUAACACGAUGCUGAAUAGAAUAUCCAACCUUUCCAUGAAGUAUCUGAAGGUGGAAGAUUGUCCGAAUCUGGAGUACGUGGAGAAUCUCGACAGGUUGCAACAGCUGGUCCUGAUAUGUCCACGACAAAUGAAGCAACUUCCGCAGUGGCUAUCAACACUAAUUCAGCAGCGCCAAAGCAUUCCUUCCGCUCAGUGGAGCUUCAGAAAACUGGAACUGCAAUGCAACAUCGUGCUGCUGAAGAGCUGUCUCGAGGGCAACGAGAAUUGGCAUAUCAUUCAACAGAUUCCAGAUGUCAUAAUUCAAACCUAUUCCAGGAAAAAGUAUAUUCGAUAUAGCAAGCAUCCACGCAUGUACGAUGCAAAUGUAUGA